AUGACAAGCAGAUUGGACCGCCUUUUCUCCCUUUUGGAAAACUGUCCGAACAGUUCGCUGCGAUAUGCUGCCGCUGAACAGCUUGGUGAACUGGUUCACUCAUUUCCGUCGAAUGCUGAGCACAUUUUGACCCGACUUGUCCCGUUGCUCCGCAGUCGCAGUUGGGUUUCCAGGCUAGCAGCGUCAGAUGUCAUCCGUUCGGUGGUUCGACAUUUACCUGAAUGGAAUCCGAUUGUUUCAGAAGCGAAGGAGGAACCCGAGGAUGCCAAAGCGGCCUUUUCCGAAGAUGGAUUCCUCAGCCUGAAGGACCUUCGUCUUGACCAUGUGCUCGCUCAAGGUGCUCGACUUUAUAGCAUGGACGCCCGUGAUUUGGAUGAGCCCAUGGCAAAGGCCAAGCUGCCUCAAGCAGAUUCUUCCAUUGCGGACAGUGGAUUUACCAACUCUUCUGGGGACGAAUUCAGGGAGAAUGAACCUCCAUUGUCGCCUCUCUUAGUGCAACGUCGGGAAUUAAACAAUCGCCUUGGCUUGGAUGAGUCAGAUGUUUUGUCUACUGUCCUUGCAACACACUCGGAUGUUUCAGUCAAUGACUGGAUUACUCCCGAUGAUUUAAAGGCUAUCCAACAAACCACAAUCGCUCAGCAAGAUAUUGCCGCUUGCAUCAGAUCUACGUAUUUUUCGAAUACAGAACGUGGUUCCAAAAGGUCUUCCUCGGGAUCCAGUUAUCCUGCAGAUUCCGUUGGACCUCAUCGAAAGCAUCACCGACCUGAGCCUCCUGAUGAGAACCGAUAUCCGACCGAAAACGCACGUGCUGCUUUAACAACUGCCCCGGGUUCUUCUGAUACUUCUCAGUCUGACAAGAGCUGGGUGUUGGACAAUUUUUGUACGCUCCUACUAGGGGAUUUGUGGGCAUUGCGUUGGGAGACACGCCACGGAGCAGCAACCGGACUGCGAGAGUUGUUGGCCGAAAGUUGCCAUACGAAACAUUGUGGAAAGCGUUCCGGCAUGACUCAUAAUCAGAUGAUGACCAGCCAUGUAUUGUAUUUGGAGGACAUUGUCGUUCGUGUCUUGUGCACCUUGGCUUUGGAUCAAUUAUCCGAUUUCAUUUCAGAUGAGGUAGUUGCUCCUGUUAGAGAGACUGCUGCCCAACUUCUUGGCGUGCUAAGUCUUCACCUCUCUGCUGAACAAGUUCUGUUGGUCUCCAAACAUCUCACCUACUUGAUUUCCCUCGAUGCACGGCACUUCGUGGAACAGUCCCUUUCCAAUCCCCAUGCGGUAGUGGCACCCUGGAAGAACUCGUGGAUGAUUGUCCACGGUGGUCUUCUGGGAAUCAAAUAUCUGCUUGCAUCGCGAAAAGACCUGCACUCCAUGCUUCUACCCCAUGUCACUCCCUGUCUUGUGGCUCAACUUGUGGGGCAGCCUGCUAGAACAGCGAACUUUUUUGCAGACGGCACAUCUCUGUCAGAAAACUGCGGUGCUGAUGAAGACAUAAGGUCCGCAGCUGCCUCCGCGUUGUUGCCUGUUGUGGACGCGGCUUGGUUGACCAGUAUAGGCACAGAGCAUGCUCGAGUUCUGAUCGACCGCAUUUGGGUCAUGUUACGGGAUAUUACGAGCGAUUUAUCGCCCUCCAUUGGUCCACUAUUGCAAUUGGCAUCUGCGCUAACCAGAGCUGGUUUCGCUCAGCCGGUUACCAGCAGCCCCCAGACCGAGCAUUCACCUUACCUCACAUGGAGCGUCGAAGAGUUCUCCGCUCAGCUACUCAUUGCCUCCCGCUUGUUGCAUCACACUUCACUGGGUAUUCGACAGCGUGCAUUGGCCACUUUGCAGUGCCUUUACAACACAUGGACUCUGCAAUCAAAAAGUUUACCGCCGGCGCCACUACAACUUCUUAUCGAUCAAUUGUUUCAUCGUGUCCUUUUGGAGUCCAACUCAUCCUUGCGCUCGGAGGCCACCAAGUACUGCAUUCAAAUCGUCCAGUCUGUUCCGCUGUCUGUUUUGGCCCAAGCCACCGUGGAACGCUUAGACUUUUGGCUAUGUCAGUCCAUGCAACCGAUGGAUGUACCCUUCCCACCACAUCUGUUUUCUGCCACCUUGCCUGCAUCUGUUCUUCACCAAACCCAUCCAAAUACUGUCCAUAGCACGAGUGAUCUCCCGUCGAAGAACCUAUCAAACUCCCAGGAUGCCAUAAUCUCCACCAAUCCACCAGCCGCAGCGGAUUCGAAUGUUGCACACUGCAUCGGAGGCUUGUCUUACUCGAGCGACCAGCCCACACAUGACGAGAUUUACGUCUGGCAGACUAGGAUCUGUGCGAUUCGCAUUUUAGCUAGAUUGUUUGCUCGUUUGUGUUGCUAUUACCCGGAGGGACACAAACCCGUGCAACCAGAAUUCAUGUCCCAGCCCUCUGAGUCCGGACCAGCGUCUGAUCCACCACAGCCGAGUGUUUUAUGCUACUUUUUGAACCAUCUUCUCUACCGGCUUCAUCUGCACGAGCGCUUGGCUAUGCAGCGAUCAAUCGGUGGCCUCAUUAUUGCCGCUUGGGCUAUACUACCAUGCCAGCAUGAAUUCACUCCUUUACAAAACGCUCCACCGGAAACAUGGGCUCAGCGGAUAGCUAAGCCGAGUGCGAAUAAGCAGUUGGAAACCGAGUGCUUAAUUGACGCGGAACUGGCUGUUUUGUGUCCCUCGCUUAAAGCGAAACUGGAGGCAUGUCUCACUGAGGUCGUAUACUACGAGGAGAUCCUCGGGCCAUUCAAACUAAUGCAAGAGGAAUGCCGACGCCUUGUCCGUUCGCUGUCCGCUGCCGGUUAUCCAUCUGAGCCAAUCUUUGAGUUCACCGGCGUCCGGACCAUCGCCCAAUGCUCCAAUCUGCUGACUCGCGCGGCGCAAUUGAUCAAUUCACCGUCGUCGCCUUCCUCAUCGCAGUCUUUUGGAAUUGCUUCUGAUCAGUUAGACAUGCUCCAUAUCGCACUAGACCGAACUCGCGCUACUGUGAAUCGAUGCUUGGAUUUGCAACUUCAGUGGGGAUCGUGGGUGGAGUUCUGCAUCGCCAGUGCAUUUGUAAACCUCGACUGGUUUCUUCAAGGUCGGUUGAGUCUUCUCAUCCGACCGCUUAUGGACACUAUCCGUUGUAUUCAACCCAUCUCGGCAUCCGUCACCGAUGCACCCGCGAUCACCAGAUUCAAUUCCUCUGGAGACCCACUAUCUACCUUAACUCCUCCGAGUAGCGUCCCACAGUUUCAGGCGAUGGCUUCCGCUUGCCUUGCCCACCUUUUGCAUUAUGAAUGGCGCAUCCACAGACAACAGCGUCUGGCCAGUGGUGCAACCGAUGCGGAUAUUGUGAACCCGUCACGCGCAGCGGCGAAAGUGGUGAAAAAUUUGAUGACAUCCCUGUUUGACUCUUUUACAGAGCUUUUCCCAAGCACCACCACUACUACCACCACAGAGUCUGCGGCGGUCCCUUUCAAUUCAGUUGACACCGAUUCUGCCGUUCCAGACAGCCUCCUACCAUAUCCGGAUGAAUUCAAGGAUUUGAAUGCCGAUGUCUUGCGUACUCUACCAGGCUCCGAGCAACGAGUGGAACGCUUUUGGUUCGAGUCUCAGCGUCGCGGAAGCGCCUUGGCACUCGCUCACUUGUGCCAUACUUUUCUGCGGUCACCUGAUUUGGCGAAAUCGGACGAGUCAACUGGCUGCUGCAUUGGAACUCUUCAACGUGGCCUUCCUUCUUUAUGGGAUGCUUUAUGGACCGACCCAUUACGCCGACUUAUAUGUGCGGCUCAACCGAAUCAGACGUUGCCACUAGCAGACACCACGGCUAGUUUACAUGAGAUUUUGAAAGGUAACGUUCUGGAACUCUUACAGAAACGUUUGUCCAAAGCGGAUGAAGACGCACUUUGUUCCAGCUUCCUGGCGUUGAUUUCCUGUGUUCCGGCAUUGCUACCCUUUGUUACGGAUUCCGGAGCUCUCAUCUCUAUCGACCAGAUGGUCUAUGUUGGCACAAUCGCCUCGUUAUUAUCACAACCCAGGUUACGCAUUCUGGGUUCCAGACUUCUUACCAGCCUCUCCUUCCAUUGCCCAGUCGUAUUGCCCAAUCUUCUGGUCCCACUGGUGCUCUCCCAUCUGGAACCUGAGUUAAAUCCGGUUGGGUCACGCCUUUGUACUUGCACGCACGGAGCACUGGAGACUGUGUCUGUCUUACUCGAGAGCCUUUCAUCCGGACCAACGGUUACUUCCUACUGGACCAGUACCACCAUCGACCCACUGAGUGACCCUGAAGCACAGACCAAACCUUCGCCCCUACUUGGAGACGCAGAUGACAACGCAAACGGCCUAAAUGAACUUCCAGAAUCUCUGCGGUGUUUUCUUCCCUACUUGGCUUUGUUCGUCCCACCAGUGCUGCGUCUUUUGGCUGAUUCAGAUGUCCAAAUUCGCUCAUCAGCUGGGCGUUUGUUUGCAAUUCUGCUCAGUCUCUUUCCUUUUGAAGUUUCUGCUCCAGACCCACCCGAAAUGGAUCCUGUGCUGAGCUGUGCUCGCGUGAGCAACCGUAACUUCAUCGAUGGCUUAUUGCAUCCGGAUCACAUUCAGGCGCAUUCGCUGUCCGUUCCCAUACGAGCACACCUGCGUGGAUAUCAACAGGAUGGAGUCAACUGGCUCAAUUUCCUUAAUCGGUUCGGAUUGAAUGGUAUUUUGUGCGACGAUCUUGGUUUGGGGAAAACUCUUCAAACGAUCUGCAUUCUAGCUGACAGUCAUUAUAGGCUUCGCUCUAGCCGUGAAAAGCCGGGGCGGAACAUUCCUUCAAAUUCUCCCGUUUCUUUGGUUGUCUGCCCAUCUACCCUGUGUGGCCACUGGUCCCAUGAGUUGCAACAGUUUGUGCGCUCGGAAGAUUUGUCCACUCUUGUUUAUGCUGGAACACCUACUGUUCGACAGGGUUUGCAGGCUCAGGUCCUUCAGCAUGAUCUUGUGAUCACCUCAUACGAUACCGUGCGAAACGAUGUCCAAUUCUUCCAAAGCAUCUUUUGGAACUACGUUGUACUGGACGAGGGUCACAUCAUAAAGAGCAGCAAAUCAAAGGUCGCUCGUGCCUUGAAGCAGCUACGUGCGAUGCAUCGAUUGAUUCUCACCGGCACUCCCAUUCAAAAUCGCGUAUGCGAACUUUGGUCUCUAUUCGACUUCCUAAUGCCAGAUUUCCUCGGCAGUGAAGCCAACUUUGCGGCAAAGUUUGGUCGCCCUGUCGCCGCCAGUCGGGAUCCGCGAGCGUCCAAAGCCGAACAACACGCCGGUCAUUUGGCUCUGGAAAAUCUGCAUCGUUUGGUAUUACCUUUCAUGCUGAGACGACUAAAAGAGGACGUUGUAGAUGAUCUGCCACCGAAAAUUGUUCAAGAUUAUGCAUGUGAGAUGACAGAAAUUCAAGCACAGCUGUAUGAAGCGUACACUAAGUCAUCCGAAGGUCAGCAACUUUUGUUGGCCAUCCGAACCAAACGCGAUGGAGCUCCGGAUCGGAUCACAGAACGCACGGGUUUCGGAUUUCAAGCUUUGCGCUACCUACAGGCUGUGUGCAACCAUCCGUGGAUUGCAAUGAAGCCCGGUCAUCCCUUAUUGGUCGAUGUCAAACGCGCGGUGCAAGCGGAGUUCGGUCCCAACACUCCCCUCACUUCAGUGCACUUGAGUGGCAAACUUCUCGGAUUUUGUCGCUUACUCACUGACUGCGGCUUCGGAACGCCCUUGUUGGGCACGACUACGUCCACUGGCGCUUAUUCAUGUUCGGCGAACAAACCAGACAUCGACACCAGGAACCUAAUGAGCCAGCACAGAGCCCUGAUAUUUUUCCAAACCCGUGAGAUGUUGGAGUUGACGAGUGAGGUUAUCCGGACGCACUUCCCUUGGAUCACAUUCACUCGCCUGGAUGGUUCCGUCCCCGUGAGCGAGCGACACAAUCGAGUCAUGCGAUUCAACCAGGAUCCCUCGAUUGAUCUGAUCCUUUUGACCACCACCGUCGGGGGCUUGGGACUGAACCUCACCGGUGCCGAUACAGUGAUUUUUGUGGAACACGAUUGGAACCCGUGCAAGGACUUGCAGGCGAUGGAUCGUGCUCAUCGGAUCGGCCAGCGUCGUACCGUGUCUGUUUACCGAUUGAUCACCCAAGACAGCAUUGAGGAGCAAAUCAUGAACCUGCAAGCUUUCAAGCUGCACUUGGCGAAUUCCGUGAUCACUGCAGAUAACCGAAGCCUCAUUGGCAUGGACACCGCCCACCUAUUCGACCGGUUCUCUAGCAUACCCUCCUCUUCCGAUGCGAAGCGAUCCGAGUCUUCUGAGAGCGAACCUGUUGACUCCUUCGAAAGUGCUUAUGAGGCAGAGUACAAUUUGGAAGCGUUUGUUUCCAAGCUGAAACGGUUACACUGA